AUGGAGGAGCAGCAAAAUGGAGCCUCAGUGGACUCCAUGGUUGACGGAGAAUCUAAAGACGUUAAAACACCUGAACCCAGGAAUUUCGGAAGCUCAAAUCCUCACAAUGGAGAUGGAGCUAGUCCCGGAAAAAUAUUUAUUGGGGGACUUGCUCGAGAAACGACUUCUGAACAAUUUGUCAAUUAUUUUGGUAAAUACGGAGAAAUCACUGAUUCAGUGAUAAUGAAGGACAGGAAGACCGGGCAGCCACGUGGGUUUGGGUUUGUGACCUAUGCAGACCCAUCCGUGGUUGAUAAAGUCAUUGAGGAGACUCACAUUAUUAAUGGAAAACAAGUAGAAAUCAAGAGGACUAUACCAAGGGGAGCCAUUGGCUCCAAAGACUUCAAGACUAAGAAAAUUUUUGUCGGUGGGAUUCCAACAACUGUGGCUGAAGAUGAGUUCAAAGACUUCUUUUCAAAGUUUGGAGAACUUAAGGAGCAACAGAUUAUGAGGGAUCAUUCUAGUGGUCGUUCUCGUGGCUUUGGAUUUAUUACAUUUGAGACUGAGCAGUCUGUUGAUGAUAUCUUGGCUAAUGGUAAUAGGCUUGAAUUUGCGGGAGCUCAGGUAGAGAUCAAGAAGGCAGAGCCAAAAAAGGCUAACCCUCCACCACCUCCACCCAAGCGUCAAAGUAGCUCUAGAGCUGCAUUUAGUGGUGGACUUGGCGACACUUACGGUGGAUUCGUCGGUGGUCGUAGUUUUGGUGCUGGUUUUUAUGGAUCUGGCGGAGGCUAUGGAGACAGAACUAACGCCUACGGUGGAUAUGGUGGGGGUGAAUUUGGUGGGUAUGGUGGAUAUGGUGGUGGCAGUUACGAAAGUUUUAGAGGGGAUCCUUCAUUAGGAUACUCUAGCCGGUAUGGAGGCUUUGGUCGAGGCUAUGAUUUAGGUGGUGAUUACAAUGGCCCAGUGGAGAGUUAUUCACGGUACGGUGGUAGUGCCGGUGGAUAUGGUGGCGGUUAUGGAGGUGGCAGUGGCAGCUCGCUGUAUGGAAGUAGAGGCGGCUAUGGUGGUGUUGCCGGGAGCGGAAGAUAUCAUCCCUAUGGAAGGUAG